AUGGCGGAGGCCCCAGAUCUUGUUGCGCCGGAGCCAGGUAGGCUGAUCAUCUGGACACUCUUGCAUAGUUAUAUAGGCAAGGAGAAGGCGACUAACUGGAUAGAACACUGCCCGGGACCAACGUCGUCACAGGCCGGAAAGGGAGACGCCUGCGCAGGGUGUCCGAACCAGGCGAUAUGUGCUUCCGCCCCCAAGGGGCCCGACCCGGACAUCCCGCUCAUCACUGCACGCCUGGCAUCGAUUAGACACAAGAUCCUCGUGCUCUCGGGCAAGGGAGGAGUGGGCAAGUCGACCUUUUCGACCCUGCUGGCACACGCAUUCGCCUCGAACCCGCAGUCGACUGUGGGCAUCAUGGACGCCGACAUCUGCGGGCCCUCCAUCCCCAAGAUGAUGGAUGUCGAGGCAGAGACAAUCCACGUCAGCGCUGACGGCUGGAACCCGGUCUGGGUGUCGGACAACUUGGCCGUCAUGAGCAUCCAGUUCAUGCUGCCCAACCGCGACGACGCCGUCAUAUGGCGCGGUCCCAAGAAGAACGGACUCAUCAAGCAGUUCCUCAAGGACGUCGAAUGGGGGGAGAUGGACUACCUGAUUGUCGACACCCCGCCGGGCACCUCGGAUGAGCACCUUUCUGUUAAUUCGCUGCUGAAGGAGUCUGGGGUUGACGGAGCAGUGUUGGUCACCACGCCGCAGGAGGUGUCACUGCUUGAUGUGCGCAAGGAAGUCGACUUUUGUCGCAAGGCUGGUAUACGCAUCCUCGGAUUGGUAGAGAACAUGUCAGGCUUCGUCUGUCCCAGCUGCAAGCACCAGUCUGACAUCUUCAAGGCGACCACCGGCGGAGGCAGACAGCUGGCGGCAGACCUGGACAUCGAGUUCCUGGGCUCGAUACCGCUCGACCCUCGAGUAGGCAUGGCCUGCGACUUUGGUGAGAGCUUCAUUGACAGCUUUCCGGACAGUCCCGCGACGCUGGCCUUGAAGUCGGUUGUCAGACAGGUUGGCAGGCUCCUGGGCGACCAAGAUGUGCUCUGA